AUGCGCGAGCGCGAGCGCGAGCGCGAACGUGACAGGUCGCGCUCCGUCACUCCGCCUCCCGCUCAGACCCCUUCUUCGACGUACCUCGCGCUCGCUGAGCAGUCCCCAUCCCCGCUCGAAGACCCGGCGUCCUUGCGCAAGCUGCUCGUGCUUGACCUCAACGGUACCCUCCUCCACCGGUCCGGCGCGCACCUCCACCACCAGCCCCGCGCAUAUGAUCCGCACGGCCGUCCGUUACCUCGGCUUCGCCCAGUACACCCGCGACCGUACAUGGGCGCGUUCCGUGCGUUCCUCUUCCACCCAGGGACGAUGUCGUGGCUGGACGUGAUGGUCUGGUCGUCCGCGCAGCCACAUAGCGUGGACGACAUGGUUGACAAGUGCUUCGGAGAUUCCAGGCGAAGGAUGAUCGCGGUAUGGGCGCGAGACACGCUGGGGCUGUCGGCGGACCACUAUCACCGCAAAGUGCAGACGACCAAGGACUUGGCGAAACCGUGGACGUUGCUGGCACCCAAAACCGCCAAAGAUCCCUCCGCAUCUCCUUCAACCUCCAUUGCCAGUACCCCGCCCUCAAGCCCCGUGCGCUGCACUCUCCCUCCCCCACCCGCGCCUUCCACCGACGUAUCACCCCAAGCGCACUCGGCGCUGACGACCCUCCUUCUCGACGACUCCCCACGCAAAGCCGAGUUGCAGCCGUACAACCACGUAUGCAUCGGCGAAUACUCCGGUUCGCUCCGCUCAAAAGACGUGGAAAAUCUUCAGAAAGAGCAAGAGUGGUCUGCCGCGGUCGCCGCCCGGGAGGAGCUCGACGCAUUCAAGGCUCAUGCGCAGGCUCAAGAUUCCUCUGCCCAGCCGGUGACAGCGUCCGCCGAAACCUCCUCGCCGGCGAAGGCGGAAGGAGCGGCGGAGGUAGAGGCAGACAGUCCAGCCACCGCGGAGUCGUCCCAGAAGCGCAAGCGGAAAGAGAAGAAGCUGCGAAAACGCGCGGACCGCCUGUAUGGGUACGCGCAGGGCAAGCCCAUCGUGUCAUACGACGAGACCUUGCUCGCCGUCAUCGGCGUGCUCGACGCGAUCAAGCACCAGGCGAACGUCGCUGCGUGGAUCCGCGCUGGUGGACUGUGGGGUACACGACCACCAGUGUCCUCGGCGUCAACCACUGCAUCUUCUUCGGCUGCGAUGGACGGCUCGUCGUCACUGACGAAGGAGGAGAAGGCGACGGACGAGGAAGACGACGCUGGGGCUCGGUCAGAUGACAGUACGCUGUCCGUGGAGAAGACAGCCGGGAAGAAGCGGCAGCGUAGACGCGGACCCAGUGCAGAAGUAGAGGCGAAGGCUACCGGCGAUGACGCGUUAGAAGAGGAGAUUGCAAAUGGGGAAGAGAAGACGAAGAUGUGGUUUGAUGAUGCGGAUGUGGUUGCACACUGGGCCAGACGGGGGCGGAAAGCGUUGGAAGCGUUGGAAAUCCCGGUAGAGCAUGGGAUUGAGCGGUAA